AUUGAGGCCCAGGAGCAAUCACGGGCAGGUCACAGAGAGCUGCAUCUCAGUGGGCACAAAAUCUGCCUCGUCCUGUUAACGCAGUCUACGCAAGGAAUUGUACUUCGAAAGUGAUAAAGUAACUGAGACACAACUUGGCACAAACUAGCCAAAAGCAUUCUUGUGUGGGUAGUCGAGUGCUUCUGAGAAAUUGAAAUUUAUUGACCAUCCAAGAUGGACGAGCCUUACAUCCGACAUCUUGAAGUGCUGGGAUUUGAAAAAAGAUUUGUCCCAAAUCAGUAUUAUGUUUAUAUGCUGAUGGUGAAGUGGAGUGACUUGUCAGAGAAGCUCAUCUACAGAAAGUUCUCCGAAAUCUACGAUUUCCAUAAAAUGCUGAAGGAGCUGUUUCCUAUUGAAGCUGGAGAAAUAGAUUCCAAGGCUCGGACCCUCCCCCAUUUACCAGCUCCCAGAUGGCUGGAAGGACACAAGGCUACUGAAAACCGGCAGAGUACUCUCUCUGACUACUUCCAGUCAUUGCUCAACCUGCCCCCCAAGAUCUCGCGCUGUCAGUGGAUUGUGAACUUCUUGCAGGUCCGCCCAGACGACGUUGCCUUGCCGUUUCCUCACGCGACAAAAAAGACAGAAACCUAUCUUCUCCCAAAAGACAGAGCACGAAGCAGUUCCUCUGAAAUUACAGGUCCAAUGUUGCUUCAAACAUAUCGUUCAAUUGCAGUUUAUCAGAAGAAUUCCAAGUAUGAAAUGAGCAUUCAGACCGGAGAUAUUGUAGAGAUUGUGGAGAAAAAUCAAAAUGGGUGGUGGUUCUGCCAGCUGGAGGGGAGGAGGGGGUGGCUGCCAGCUGCAUUCCUGGAGCCCCUGGACAGUCCCGACGAGAACGAGGAGCAGGAGCCCAACUAUGAAGGUGAAGUAUACAAAGUUAUUCACAGCUACAAAGCUGAGCAGCAGGAUGAGCUGAGCCUGAGUGAGGACGAGCUGGUGGAUGUGAUCCAUAAGUUGCUAGAUGGUUGGUGGGUGGUCCGGAAGGGAGAGAUCACUGGGUACUAUCCCUCCAUGCACCUCCAGAAAUCUGGGACCGCUCUGAACACAGGAUUCAACAUGAAGAAAGGACACCUCCCUCCCCCGCGAAGGUCAACCAUCCGCAAUGCGCAGAGCAUCCACGUGCUGGAGCGGAAGCAGAUCAGCCAGGACAGCUACAGGAGGAACAGCAAGCGGUAUCUACAACAGAAGGGCGCGCAAGGUCACACCAUCGCCAACAGGAAUGCCUGGAAGGAGAAGCAGGAUCCAAGAACAACAGCUACAGGUGGCACCGUCCAAGAGGAGGAAAGACGAAAGAAAAUUCCGGAAAUCCCCCCGCGACCUACACUCAGUGAGAUCUUGGCGCAUUGCACCGAGCAAACCAAGAGUAAAAUAAAGUGAGGGUGAGUCCGGAGGGAGACCCUCAGCUUCAGUUUGAAGACGGAUCCUGUGUGGUGAGGAUGACUGAGCGAGUCCACUGCCUUGUUGACGGAGUGUUGCUUCAUUCUCAGCAGUGGCGAAGUAACAUUUGUCGAGCUUGCUUCAUGAUUUGAUCCACGGGAUCAGUGGAUGAAGAUGUUUCUCUGUUGUUAAAAUAAUAAAAGGCAACCUUAAUUUCUUCGCCU